UUUUUUCUCAAGACCAUAUUUAAUGCAAUUCAUCUCAUACAUGUACAACUAAAAUGGAAAUAUAUCAGCCAAUAAUAAGUUACCAUGCCCCCUUUGAUGUGAAUUUGCAAAUUGACAAUAUGUUGGAUGUUUCUAAUAAUGUUAUACCAUUAUGGACCAGUAAGAAUCUCCAGUUAAGAUAUGAUGAAGAGUAUUUGAAUUUUGAAAUAAUAGACAAAAAUUCAGAUUGUGAUUCUGAAGAUGGCGUUCAAGAUAAUACAUCUUACAUAGAUAUAGAGACAAACAUCCAAAAGAGUUUGUGCCAUAUUUGUAAUGUAGAAGUGCCAUCUGGCUAUAUGUUAUCACACCAAAACAGUGAGAAACACAAAACAUAUGUGAAAAUAUCAGAAAUAGCGUUAGAAAGGGUUCGGAGACAAAUGUCAGAGACUUAUACUUCGGAAAAUAAGAUCCCUUCCAUGUAUUUCUGUCAGUCCUGUGUCGUACUUGUACCUAAAAAUGAUAAACAGUUACAUUUGAUUUCUAUUCAACAUAAAAAUUCUAUAAUUAUUGAUAAAUUGUUGAACGAUUUCUCAAAAUUAUACUUUGAUGAUGCAAUAGACAUAGAAAAAGAAUUGAAACAUAAAAAAAUUGUGUCAACUGAACCUAUAAUAGAAGAAGAUGAAUUAAUCAAUUUAAAUAAUGAUGAAUCCGAUGAAAUUACAGUUUCGAGCUUUGAUAAUUUAAAUCCAAAUGAUGUUGAUGAGUUAAUAAUUCAACCGAUUGAAUUACCUCUCGAUGAAGAAUUGAAAAUAAUCAUAGACAACCUAAAUACAGAUAUAACAAAAUAUAAAUUAGAAUAUUUGGACAAAGAUUAUGUAAUCAUUUUAACAGAAGAUGGUGUUAAAUUUAAAUUGAAACAUGAAAACUUUCAUAGUUUCUAUCCAUUGGAUAUAAAACAUGUACAAUGUAAGCUAUGUUGUCAAAUAGCUAGGAAUUUAAAGGAACAUAUAUUUGAGGAAGAACAUCUGACAAAGUUAGCAUUGCCCAUUGACAAGAAUUGUAUCAGAAAGAUUGACGAUUCUAAAGGUCACUGCAUAUUAUGUAAUGAAAUAAUACAUAAUCCAGAUAUACAUGCUCUAUGUGACAAAAACCAUGACAUUUUGAUGAUAAAAGCAAUGAUAUUUGAUAAAGACGACACUAAAGUUACAGAAAUCGUACAAAAUAAAAACGAAAAGAAAGAUAACAACAGUGAAAAUACAACAUUUAAAGAUCCAACUAUAAAAAAGAGAGAAAUAGCAUCUAAAUAUUAUUUUUGUAAUGUCUGUUAUAUACCAGUGAAUAAAAAAGAUACAGAAAUACAUUGCGAUGAUCCAAAACAUAUAUCAAAUGCAAAAAUAGAAUCACAUUAUCUGUUAGAUUAUUCAUACGCACUUAGUAAAUUAAGAUGUACGAUAUGCAAAAUUUACUUCCCCAUUAAUAAAAUGAAAGACCAUUUAAAGAAUUACCAACAUAAAUCAACCUAUGAUGCUUUGUUAACUGCUAACUAUCUAAAAAAAACAACAAAAAAUAUAUUUUGUGAACUAUGCAUCGUAUAUAUGAGAAUAGGGAAUGAAAUUAAACAUAUUGAAUCAUUAGGACAUGUAACACUAUUAAAAUCUAAAACUAAAGCAGAAUCUAAAACAGAUAAAAAAACUAAUAAAGCUAGUUUACAUGCAAAAGAUACUAAAGAUAACGUACAAAAGAUAGAUGAAAAUAAACCACAAAAUGUUACACUUGUGGGUAAAAAUAAUACAGAUAUGAAAUCUGGUAAUGAUAAAGUAAAUGUACAAUUAAAUUCUAAUCAGAAAUCAGUAACUUGCAAAGUAUGUGAUAUAAAAAUGUUGGAUAAUGAAAAAGAUGUAAAAAAUCAUCUACUUAAGUACCAUAAAAUAGAUGAUACGAAAUCUGUUAAAGAAAAUAGUAAAAUGAGAUUAACAGGAAAUUUAUUUAUAUGCGAAACUUGUUGUGAAUAUGUUACAAUUGAAGAUGAAUUAAAACAUCUUUCGAGUCCAACUCAUAUCGUGAAAGCUUUAAGGAAAUCUGAUAUAGAUGACAAUAAGAUUAAUGUACAAGUUAAAAAAGACGAUACGAACAAUAACCAACUACCCUCAACAUCUAAAGAUAUAAUUUUUAUGCCAAGAUUUAAAAAAACAGAUACCAAAAAAAAACGUUACUGUUUUAUAUGUGCUACUAGUGUAUAUGAUGAUAUCGAUUCAAUUCAAAGACAUGAAAAUGGCAAAAAACAUAACUCAAAUUUCGAAAGUAUUUUGAAAAUAAAUAAAAUUGAAGAUAGAGAUGUUUAUUUACAAUGUACAUUAUGUUGUAUGCCAUUAGAAAAAAAUGAAUUGAUCACUCAUAUAAAUAGUGAUUACCAUUUACGUAAAGAAAACGUUAAAAAGGGUGUUACCACUGUUACCUAUUGUGAUACAUGCCAAAAAUUUAUAACAACCAAAAUAGAGGCGCAUAUUUUAAGUGCUGCCCACAAAAGUAGGGAAAUUCCAAAGAAUGUUGCCAGUUAUUUGUGUCAUCUUUGCGAUGUUUCAUUAACAAACAGUAAUAUGAAUAUAAAAGAACAUAAUGACGGUAGUCAACAUAAAAAUAAUGUCAAAAUGUUGGAUGAUAAUACCAUAAAAAUAUCUGACGAUAAUUUUUACUGUGAAACUUGUGAAAUGAGUGUCACAUAUAAAUUGAUAAGACAGCAUAUAAAUACGUCAAAACAUUUAAUACUAAUGGGGAAUGAUGUGCCAAAAUAAACAAACAAAAUCCUUAUAAUGAAGGUAGUACAGACCGACAAUGAUAUCUGACCUGGCGGGCAAGUCAAACUAAAUUAUGAUAGAUCCACUAGCGCCCCUGUUGAUUUCAAAAAACUAUCUUUAAGUCUUUUUCGCAAUUUAUCUGUCAUAUUUUUUUCUUUUAUGCAUUGCCUCUC